AUGCUGACAGACAAGAUAGUUUGUGGAGGAGAUAGAACCAUGUGGUCUAAACCAGACUGUCAAAGGUUAUUAUCCCAGAUAGAUGCUGCAAGCAACAAAAUGUCAAGUGCAAUUGUAAAGGAGAGCCACCGACUGAAGGCAUGGGGUGUCCUGGGAGAAGGAACUGGAGCUCACCUUGUUAACAAAGAUAAAACCAGGCUGCUCACCAAGGAGGAGCUCAUGGGUCCAGAUGGCUCCAUGAGGGCACUCGAUGCUGUGUGCGUAGAUCCUACCACUGGGCUCUUAACUCCCGACCCAGAAUGCGUCAUGCUGCUGGCAAAUCACUGCCUUGUGCCUGUGUCUAGAGAUCUCUUUCUGCACCCGGAGACUGGAAAGGUGCUCCCUGUGGCUGGUAACAUUGGCUAUGAUCCCAUUAGCUCUAAACUAGUCUGUGCUGUUGACUCUACUUCAGGUGAGCUGCAUAAGUCUGGAGCACCCGUAUUCCCCUAUGUCCCAUAUCCCAUCUGUCCCAGUACGGGUUUGCCCGUGAAGACUAACCUGCCAGUUCUCCACCCGGAAAAAGUUUUUAAGCUGGGAGGACUCAUGCUAGAUCCAGCCACAGAAAUAGAGGUGCCAGUGCUUGCAGUUACCAUCCAUCCCCAAACAGGGCAAAAGCUGUCCUUGGGUGGGACAUACCUAAAUCCCCUUACAGGAACAGUGACACCACUCGAACUUGGAGGGCCCAUGAAUGAGCCCAAGGGAGGAAAAAUUGUUCCAAUCCUUGGAGUCAAUGUGGACAGUAACACAGGAGAUGUAAUCCCAGUGGGGGGGCUGAUGGGACCGUCAGAGAGCCCGAUUCUUCUUGGGGACUCCUUCUCUGAGCCUCUGAGUGGGAAGUCUGCACGUGUGCAUGGUGCUUUCCUUCAGCAAGAUACAGUGCUGCCUCACGCCGGAGGAUACAGGGCCUUGCUGGAAGCCAGCAUGCUUGUAGCCCAGAUGCACGUGGUUAAAACCCUGCGGCAGUACCAGGAUUCAAUUUGUGAGGAUUUGUCUGUCACUGUGGACAGGCAGAGAGUCCUGAAGGCUGCCACAGAAGACAUGAAGAAGACAUUAUCUAUCAGGCUCCAUCGUGACAUGCACUGGCUGCAAAGUCUGGAGACACAACGAGACAUAGCUUUGAGCCUCAAAAGCAAUGGUGGCAAACUGGGGAUGAUCAAAUAUCCUGGCACAGAGAUGUGGAUCCCAGCUGUGUUUGGAGUGAAAAUCCCAGACCCCGGUGGCUCAGGUUUGAUGGUGCCUGUCUUGGGACUAGAACCUGACUGGAACACCGGGCUCCCAGCCCCGCUGGCGGGAACGAUGGAAGAUGCUGAUGGAAAAGGUCUUGUCCCCAUCACCGUUGGUGCCAGAACAAUCGAUCCUGUCACAGGGGAGCCUGGCCCGGUUAUAGGUGUUCGAACCAACCCUUGGACAAACACGGUAGUUCCUAUAGUUCAGUCAUUGGGAGCUUUACCAAGAGGAGCAGCAGACCCAGAUCUGCUGAAUCUCCUGGAAAAUGAGAUAAAUUCCAGACAAAACUAUUGGCACUGCCAGAGAGAGAAGGAAGAAUACCUUCAGAAAGAGCUGAACUUUGUAUUUCUCGACAUCGUUGAUACUGUAGAGGAAAGAAAGGUCAAAAAGAUCAGAUACAAGGAGAAGUUAAAGGACAUUGAGGAAAUGUGCCAUUUCCUUGAGGAAUCCUCUCUGCAGGAAGCUCAGAGGAGAACUGCUCGGGACUUGAGCAGCUUACUGGGCUUGGAGCUAUCUUUGCAAUGGAAAGUCAACAGAGGUGAGAGAGAACAAGAAGUGAAGCUUCUGCUGGUGAUCAGAAAGAUGCUGGAAAAACUGAUGGAGUUUAUUAAAAAGAUGCAGCUGGCAGAAAGCCGGGUGCAAAUUCAGCUUAAGGAAAAAGAACAGCAGAGGAGCAAAAGCCCGAAUGCAGAGACAGCGAUGAGCCUCAGACCCAGGAAGGCAACACUCCAUCUCCUGGCUGAAUUUCAGGAGCAUAUAAAGAAACAACAGGGCAGCGUGGAGUUUGCAUACAGCAGGCUGGAGUAUCUCAGGGAGCUGUCGAACAUCCAGGCCCUGCAGGCAAAGGUACUGGGUUCGCCUGGAGAUCAGACACAAGUGAUAAAUGAAAUGAGUGACAAAUGA